GCAAAGUCACAACGCUUCAUCGGAUCUGCCUAGAUUUUUCUUGUCUAGCAAUGAGUCGGUCUGUUGAUUCAAGUGUGGCUUCAAACGAGCAUGAAAUCAUAACAAUAGUUCACGCUAGGGCAUACGUUCGGGAAGUGAAAGAGACGUUUCAUGAUGAUAAAAGUAGAUAUGCUAUGUUCCUUACGAUUAUGAAGGAGGGGAAGGCACGUCGUGAUAUCGCUACUGCGGUUGCUCGAUUGAAGGAGUUGUUUCAUGGAUAUCACAACUUAAUCGUCGGAAUUAACAAAUUUUUGCCACCUCAUCAUUACAUACGUCUUCAGGGUGAUGAUAAUGAGGGAGAAGAGUCAUUUGUAUCCACUGCAGCAUUCAUCGAGGACACCAAAUAGGGACAUCAAAAUCUCUCUCUCUCUCUCUCUCUCUCUCUCUCUCUCUCUCUCUCUCUCUCUCUCUCUCUAUUCAGUUCUUGAUGGAUGUAUCAAGUAUGUUGCUUUGUAAUCGAUGAGCGAAGAGAAAAUGAUUGACUAUAA